AUGACCACCCAAUCCCCACAAACCAAAGCCACACAUCUCAUCCAAUCCCUCGAGGCUCACGGCCAAGACGAUUACAUCGGCGAAUCAAUAAGCCAGCUAGAGCACUGUCUGCAAGCAGCGCAUCAAGCGCAGAAAUCCGGCGCCCGAAACGAUCUAAUCCUUGCAGCCCUACUGCACGACAUCGGACAAAUCAUCCCUCUCGACGCACGGCACGAAACACGCAUGAACAUCCAGAACAGCAACAGCAACAGCAGCAGUAAGGGCGAAAACGUCGGCCGCGUGGGCCACGAAUCGAUUGGGGGUGAGUAUCUGCGCUCGCUGGGGUUCAGUCGGGGUGUAUGUCGGCUGGUGGAGAGUCAUGUUGCGGCGAAGAGGUAUCUGACUGCCGUAGAUCAUUCGUAUUAUGAGUCGUUGUCGGCGGCUUCGAAGAAAUCGUUGGAGUUUCAAGGGGGACCCUUUACGGGGGGUGAGCUGGCAGCUUUCGAUCAAGACCCUCUUCGGGAUGAGAUGGUGGCGCUGCGACUUUGGGAUGAUGCCGCAAAGGUCCCUGGUAUUGAAGACUCUACGCCACGGGCACGAGAGUAUUCGAUGUUGAUCGUGGAACAUUUGGAGAGACAGGAAAUAGCAGACUGA